AUGCUAAACUCCAGAAAAAGAGACCUUUUAAGCAACACAAACUCUUUUUCAAUUCAACAGUCCCGCAUAAGCGAAACAAGUUUCUUUAGCAGCACUGCUCAGCACUCAAUGCUCCAGGAGCUUGGCUUAUGCGACAAUCUUGUCUAUUUACAAGAACAUAGUGAAAAUUCUAUUUAUAAGACCAUUUCAAAUCGUUAUGAAUCAAACAUGAACUUUACCUUUGCUGGGCCUUUACUGCUGAGUGUUCAUAAAGAGAAUGAUAGUUCUCAGUAUGAAUUUGAUAAAAGAGAAGAGUACUCUGAAGCUUCAAAUAUUCUUUCUCCUCACCUGUACAGCAUAAGCUCAAAGGCAUAUUUUCAUAUGAAAGAAGCCAAACAAAACCAAGUCAUUUCGCUAUUAGGGUUAUCAGGAUCUGGGAAGACCUUUAGUACUAUCCAUUUAAUUGACCAUUUAAUAUACAUAUCAUGCAAACAAGAAUCAAGCUUAAAAAUGCCAAAUGAAUUUUUUGAUUUACUUCACUCAGGAAUCCAAGCUUUGCAUAUAAUGGGAUCUAUUGCAACUAAAGAAAAUUUAGAAUCCACAUGCUGUGGGAUGGUUACAGAAAUACAUUUUGAUUCAGAAUUCAGAAGUAUUGGAGGGAGUAUCAAGGCUAAAUUAUUAGAUAUUACUCUUCCUAACUCAGCUGGGAGAACUUAUAACAUUCUCCAUGCAUUAUUAACAAAUACAAGACAGAAUUUACAAAAUUUAGGCCUAUCAAACCAAAGCUCCAAGCUUUUGAAUAAUAAUGCUAAAGCUAAUGAUUUGAAUCAAAAAAUACAUGAUGGAGAUGUACUGAAAAGGUUUUUCGAUAAUUUAAAGAGCUUAGGAAUUCAAAGAAAAGAUAUUAAUAAUUUACUUGAAGUUCUAGCAGCUGUUGUGCAUUUUUAUGAUAUAACUUUUGCGUCUACUGGGUUUAUUACAUUACAUUAAGAUUUAUAAAUGUUUUACGUCCACUACGGGGUAGGUUUAAUCCCAGACCUGCCGCUCGCCUUCGCGCCGCAUCGGGCCCACAGACCACUGGGUCAGCCUGCUUCGAUUCACCAGGGUGCGCCUCCAGACAAGUGUUCCGCUUCAACGGCUCAUGGAUGAGCUACUUGCUUGUGACAUGGGCUGCUUUUCCGAAAACCCAAAAAAUGGAUUUUCUGGUCAGCUAUCGGCAAAAAAGGAAAAAUACGUAGCCUGGGACGUAACGCCCAGUUUCACGCUAGGGAGUUGCCCGAUUGGUCCUAAGGACUCUGCUGAGCUUCCCCUUUCCAACUUCCGUAUCCUCCUUCCCCACGAGGAAAAAUCCACCUCUGAGAUUGGACUAGGGCUAGGCUCUGCACACAACCAGAAUUGCUUACCUAGCAUUGCUGUCCUUCUCUGAAAUGGUAAAACCUUGCCGGAUAUAAUUAAAAUAUGUGUCGAGGCUGUAUGGCCGAGAGGCCAUACCCAGACGAAGACGCCAUAUUUUAAUUAUUACUGGGUUUAUUACUGCUGGGCAAAAAGAUGGCACAAAAUUUUUACCUAGGCAUAGAGUAGCUGUCCAAAAAGUCUGCAGGCUACUGGGGACGACUGAAGAAAAAUUCAAUGAAAAUUUUUCUAAUUCCGGAUCAAAAUAUGAGGCGGAAUCUAGAAUGAAUGAUUUAGCUAGAUACAUUUAUAAUCUAGCAUUUGACUGGCUUGUUAUUAAAAUUAAUGAACAAUUGGGCCUCAAAGCAAAAUCUUUUGUAGAAAAGAGAGUAUUAAACGAGUUAAAAAAUCUAUCAGCAAAAAAUAAGAAAGAAAAAAGCGAAGAUUUGUUUGAAAAAUGCAGAAAAAUGUAUACGAUUUCUAUUGUCGAUUUUCCUGGCUUUAGGAAUUAUGAGACUCUUGGAGGUUUUUGCUCGAAUCUCGCCUUUGAAUGUUUGAACUUUUAUUCUUCAGGAACUUAUAUGAAACUUUUAGCAUCCCUUGCAGAAGAAAAGGUUUCUUUUAAGUUUUUGGAAAUUCCAAAAAGCCGAUUUAUUGUUGAUUUUUCCUUAGCGAAGGAUUUUGGCUUACUCCCAAACUUGAUUUCUCCUGAUUUUGACAGAUAUUGAAAAGCAUUUAAACAGACAGUUUCUCAAGAAGAAAGUGACUGCAGAAAUAUUAUCCAAAUAUCGUCAGACUCAAAAUUCAUAAUGAAAUAUACAUGGGGAGAAACAGAAUACGAUAUAAAUGAUUUAAGAAAUGAAGCCUGCAGCAGCUAUUCUCCACAAAUAAACUACCCGUUUCUCGUAAAAUGCACUAAUCCUAUUAUCGCAAGUAUGCUCAAAUUUAACGAAAAAAGAGAGCAAUUUACUGGAUCAUAUUAUAAUUUUGCUGAUUUUUUAAGGAAAUCAUUAACAUAUCUAUUAGGGCCAUUAGGCGAAAAUCAAUGCUUCGUGAUUUACUGUAUGAAAACUCCAAGUUCAAGGCUUGACUAUGAAGAAUGUAUAUCGACUCCAUGUCAAAUGACAUUGGAAUUUUGACAGUGUGCAUUUCAUCGAAAUACAUUUGGUUGAAAAUUUUUAAUAGUGCGACAUAUGGCCGAAAAUUAACGUUUUUUUUUCAGUCACUAUCAAAAAUUUUUAACCAAUUUUCGGCCCAAAAAGUUUUCGGUGAAAUGGAUACUAUCAAAAAAGCAAUGCCAUUUGACCUGCACCCAUGUAUAUCAUUGUUCAGGUCAACCCUUGUAAUUCCAAGUUUAUUAUGGGAAUGAUAUGGAUACCCUAACUGAAUUUCAAAAGAAAAGUUUAUAAGUGACAUUUCUCCAUCAUUGAAUUUGGACUUUGAAGCCACACAUACAUUUAUUGAAUCAUUUCUUAAAAAGCUACUUAAUCAUGAAGAUUUUAUUGUAAGUUUACGAUAUUUGGUCUUGAAAAACGAUGAUAUAGCGAUAUUAAAUGAGUAUGUAAAUAAACAUAACCAUAAAGAUAUCGCUUCUGAAAUGAGCUUUGAUAUUUCAAAUAACUCAAUUGAUGGGAAAAGAUCAGUAAAAUCAAAAAGCAAUAAAAAUAAUUUUGAAGUAAAUAACUUGUUUGGAUACAGCAUUUCAGGGAAUACAGUAGAUAUUGUUGAGCCUCGCAUGCACGAUUAUCUUGAUUCACUGUAUACAGUAGAAGAAAUGUCUUUUGAAAGGAUUGAGCUAACAGACUCAUUCUUAGAUAGAAAAACAAAAUCUAAUACAAGUUUGCAGAUAAAAUCUAAAGAAAACAUCAUAAAAAUCUCUUCAAGCAAAGAUUUUAUGUCAAUUGCCCAUUAUUGCACAAACUUUAAGAGAUUUGACUAUAGAGAUUGCAUGCAUGAAAUAGUUACAAUACAGUCUAUAUGAAGAGGAAUAAAAACACGAAAAUAUUUUAAUGCUUUGUUGAUUCUGUAUAGAAAUGCGAGGAUGAUACAAAAACAUUGAAGAGGAUUUAUAUGUCGAAAAAAAAUAAAUUUUUUAAAGCUCGCUAUUGUUUUAAUACAGAUGAAAGCAAGAAAAUUCUUCAAUAAAAAAGUACGGGCAGCAAGAAGAAUUCAAAAAUGAUAUAUACUAAUUUAAUUUUAUUACAAACAGCCUCUUUUUGAUACAAAAAAAUUAAUGCACAAUUAUUAACGCUGCUUAAAUUUUAUUUUUUAAACUAUAUUUAAUUGAAAUCAAUAUAGAAAAAUUCUAGCCCAAAGACAGCUUGAGCUUGAAAUUCAAAAUGAAAUAGAACAAAAUCUCUCUAAACGUAGCUCACUAUCUACAAAUUCAAGAACUUCUACUGAUAAAAGAAAUAAAUCCUCAGAAUUUGCAAAUUUAAAUUCCGAAAUGAUUAGAAAAAUCGUUAGAUCACAUACAGAAUCAGCAGUUCAUGAUGACGAAGUUUUAUUUACCCCAAAUAUCCUUUCGACAUCUAGAGAGCUGGCAAGGAACCAUCAUAUUCGCCAAGGCUCUAAUAAUCUUCCAGUAGAAGACAGAUUAAGGCUGCAAGAAUGCAAUAGACAGUCAAAAAUCGCAGAAAUUCAAAGGAAACAGAAAGAAGAAGAAGCCAGACAACUAACAUUGUCACCGCAUAUAAAUAAGCCAAGAAGCUAUGAUAAAUCAUUUCUAGAAAGACAAGCUUUAAAGCAAGAAGAAAUAAGACAAAAGCGUGAAAUGCUGGCUCUAGAAAAAGCUGCAGCCACGGAAGAGCAUUUUACAUUUACACCUACAAUAAAUAAGCCUAAAGAAAAAUCAACGCAAAAUAACACUAUAGAUAAUUUGUAUAUAUGGGCAAAAAUCAAAGAAAAUAAGAUGAACAAAGCAAGAGAAGCCCAAGAUGCAGAAGUCUCAAAGCAAAUGGAAGUGUUUAGAAUUUCAGAAAAAAAUGAAAAAAUUAUUCAGCAGAGAAAUAAAAGAAGACAGCAAAGUUUAUCUGUUGUACAAGCAAUGGAAAAUUCGCUAUUUGCGUAUUGGCCAAGUGAAAAAUCUAAUAAGAGUUAA